AUGUCGUCUGCUAUGGUUUUCAUGAGCGAUACGCUGCCAACGCCAACGCUUUUGAUGCAGCAGCCAGAAAUUUCCCUGAUGGACGACCCCGCCAUUGCAACGCCGACGCGGUUCCUACAAGAGUGUUCAGAGUUCAAGUUUACGCCAGGCAUCAUCACACGCUAUUGCUCCGGCGAUUUCAAUCCUUUUGAAAACAGCUUUAAAGAAAAGAUGGAAGCUUCAGGAGUUCUUGGCGACGCAACAACGGAAUCGAUCCCAUCCUCGACAAUGCCUCCUUCUUCAUGGCAGGCGCUUGCAUCGUCCACACCUCUCACCAUCCAGAAACGCACCUCAGUGCAACCUUUACACAUACCCACACCCAUGGACACGACCAUCGGGUCUGGAUCUCCCGUUGAUAUCCAUGCAACCACCAUUCCACCGGUCGUUGCUCCCGCUGCUCUAGGAGUAGAUCCUCAUGUACACAUGUACGUUAGUAUGGAACCAAUGUCGAUACCAAUGUCAGCGCCUGCAUCUGCAUACCCGAUGCACGUACAUCCGCAGGAAUUACAGCAAAUGCCGCACAUGCCGCAAUUGGACACAAUGCCCACCAUAGUGGAUCCACAAGCACUAAAAGUUCAUCGAGAAGAGCCGGUCGCUCCAAACCACAAGCUUCAGCGCGACAACCGGAGAGACUCUGCAAUCAGUACCACCACUUCAGAAUCUGAUGAACCUCGCAAGUCAUCCCCUCCCCGAAACGGCAAGCGAAAAGGCGGCCCACCAACAGAAGAAGAACAAGAUGAAAAGCGAAAGCGGUUCCUUGAAAGGAAUCGGUUAGCUGCGUCCAAAUGCCGAAUGAAAAAGAAGCAGUGGCUACAAGACCUUGAAAACAGGUCAACAGAUGCAUCUGCCAAAAACCGACAGCUCCAAAUGAUUGUUACCCAGCUGAAGGAGGAAGUCAUGAUGUUGAAGAACCAGCUGCUCUUGCAUCGAAACUGUAGCUGUAAUGUCAUUCAGCAGUACAUUUCAACGUCGUCUCAGUUCACUGCCCACCUACACAAUCCAGGUCAGCACAUGGACCCCGCUCACCUAAACGCAACGCCCCUCCCACCCUCGCACCAUCCCCCAGUAGGAAUGAGCCCCAUGCCUCCCGUCGGCGUAGCACCCAUGGUACCAGUGGCUCAAUCCUACUAA